ACACACACACACCCACACUUCCACAAACACUUCCAGAUACACUUAUACCCUACAUAAGGUGUAACGUCUUAUUACUAACAGGUCGUGAUGUCACUCAGGUAAAAGUGCUGCUGGUCCUGUUUGGUGUGUGACAGUCAGAACAGUGACUUCAUGCCAGAAACACACACUCGCAGCCAGACAGCGACAUUAAAGACAACGUACAUUGGAUUUGUGCAGAUCUUUACUGGGGACAUCUAUAGAAAGACACACAGGCUGGAGCGAUGGAGCAGGUCAAACUGAAGCAGAAAAAUGAAGAGAAAACAGAGAGCAUGACGGAGGAGAGCUUCCUCAAAGACCUCCACUUCUUUAUGAAGCAGAGAGACACGCCGAUAGAGAGAAUCCCUCACCUCGGCUUCAAACAGAUUAAUCUGUACCUGAUGUUUAAAGCGGUGAUGGAAUUGGGAGGAUAUCACCAGGUAACAGCACAGCAGCUCUGGAAAAAAGUCUACAACAUCCUGGGAGGAAACCCUCGCAGCACCAGCGCAGCUACCUGCACACGCCGACACUAUGAAAAACUCCUUCUUCCGUACGAGUAUCACUUAGCCGGAUACGGAGACGAGGUUCCCAUCACACUGCCUCGACAGCGUAAACGCUUCCACCCUGAUGAUGAGUACAACCAGGGCCACAAACGUGUAGACUUCACAUCGUUACACCAGUAUAAUCAGUACCUCCAACCCAGUCCCAUAUCUCUGCCAAGCUACUUGGCCGUGUCCCUGCCCUCCGUCCCAUCCCUCAGCUCUCCACUUCACAGUCGGCCCGUGACGUCCUACAUCCCUCCUUCACCAAUGGAGACGGGAACCGUUAAACAAUCACUGGAGUUCCUGCGUCACCUCGCUCAGGAGUACAAAUCAUCCUCAGGAUGGACGGAGCCUCUGAACCUCAGCAAGAAACAAGGCAGACUGGAGACAUCCAGCAACAUUCCAUCAUCUUUCACGUCCCCCAGCGUGAAAAAGAAGGAGCCCAAGUUUUUAAAUGAAGCUCCGCCACUUCAACAAGGCAACCAGUCAGGAGUCGGCGAAGCUCCACCUCCUGCGCAAGCACUCAUAAAUCAGACAAUAAGGGAAGAAUCACAUGUGAUCAACCUCACGUCUUCUUGCUCCAGCAGUCCAAACAUGUGGAAUGUGGCUCCAAGUUCCACUUCUCCUCCUUCUCCUCCUUCUCAUAGGCCAAAUUACCCCAGCACAGUCCAAACCAAACAGGCACCGCAACAAAGUCUACAAGUGCCAGUGUCCAAAUCAGGCUCCUCUACCACAUCUCAACUGAACCCAGGAACCAUAAACCCCACUUUUCCAUUAGAACCAUAUGCAGGAAUGGAAAUCCAAAUCCCAUUGUCUUUGCUCCAGAAUUUGAUCAAGGGAGGUCUCCUUUUGAACACAGCAUCUAAUCAAUAUCAUCUACCAAGUUCCAAGCCCAACGAAACUCCAUCAUUGCCUGAAAGAAUGACCUCUGAAACUAACGCUGAUCAACCUGCAGAUCUGAGCCUGAAGAACCAAGUGAGAAACAUCAAAAAGGGGGACAUCAACAUGAAUGCUAGCAAGAGUGCUUAUGAAAAACAGGCACCCGAGAGCAAACCGUUUGCUGUCAAGCCCUUGCAAAUACCUCAACCUGCCAAGUUUCCUUUUUAUAGUCAUGUUUCUCACUUUAAAUCCCCUCAAAGAGUUUUUCAGGAGCAAGAAACAUGCAGUAAGCAAGUUCCUCCUGCUACUGUGAGGAUCCCAGACCAACCAGACCUCAAAUUCCCAGGGUAUAGUAAAGAUGUAGCCCAGACUGGAGCCAUCAACUCUGGUAUGAUGUCAGAGAAAACAAUGCUCAGUCCCCCACUGGAUAAAACGAAACCAUCCUCAGCAUCCUUUGUCCAGAUCACUCCAGAACAUCUGAAACUUCUCUUUUCAAACUCACCAUUUAGACUCGAGAGCGGAAAAAUAUGCUAAGAACUUCAGAUUUGUAUAAAUAUUUAAUAAACCAGUCAGCUCUCAGGUUGAAAUACAUUUUUUCCCCACAUGUUUGAUACUGUUUUGCUAUAGGCUAAGCUAAACCACCAGACUGGAAUCGAACGUGAUCGAGAUUCAGGGCACAGUUUUGAACAUUGCAUCCACUGCAAUUAUAUGAAAGACUAAUUUAGCAAAGGAUGGCCCUUUUGCCCCCAAAACAUUUCUUUCGAUUUUAUAGCAAUAUCUAUUAAAAAAUUUGCAGCUAAUCUCACUGUCAUACCAGCAGUUAUCAAUAUAAACAAUACCGAUUCAAAUUGAGUUCCUGAAGCAGUAUACUGGCUUGUAUAGACCAUCUCAUUGCUAUGUCUUUGUGAUUAAGAACCAGAAUUGAAAUAAAGCUUAGAGUUACUUUAGACAGAAAUACAUUGAUCUGGCCAUCACCAGAAAAAAAAUUGAAGAAAGUAAC